GAAGUUUUUUCUUUAUAUGGACAGUUUUUAGGUGCUUACGUAACAAAUACAGACAUACCGAGACAUACGCUGUAUUUAAAUUUUCUUCAAAAUCAAUGAGAAUUAAAAAAAAUUCAACGGUUAAUUUUGUUUAUUUUUGGUCAAACAAGUAUUAUGUGCAGUUAUAUCUGGUCACAUAUUUUCGAAUAACUUGACUCUAACUUCUUCAUAUAAAGCAAAUAGUACAUUGCACGAAAUUAUUAUGAUCGAUUCGAAGAAUUAUGUUGAGAAUGUUCCACCAACGAUAACAAUCAAUGAUGAAGCUUUUAAUAACAAUGUUCAACUAUUAACUCUAUAUCAAGACGAGCAAAAUAACAAUUUCCCUCUGGAAGAAGAUAGCAGAACCAUUGAAUAUUGCAGCCAAAAUGAUCAAAUAAAUGGAAAUUUUUUGUGUUUAUCAAACGAUAGUGAAAGAGAUUUCGAAGAAAUUCCCCUAUCAGCAUUACGGACAAAAAGUCGUGAUUUAUUAUCAAAACGGUUGAAUUCGAUCAAAGUAAUUUUAUCGGAGGAUGGUAUUCCACGGGAUUGGCGAGGAGUUUUAAAUAGCAUUGGUUUAAGUGACGUGGUUAAUACAGUGCAACAAAAACCAGACGAAAUGAAAGAAGUACUCGAGCUGUGGAUAAAUACUCGAAAAGACACAGCCAAAAUAGGAACAUUACAAAAAAUUCUGGAAAAAAUUGAUCGAUGGGAUGUUUUGGAUGAUACUCGUGAAUAUUUUGUUGAAGAUGCUAAAAUUUAUUUGAAAGCGUUAUCCAAGCCUGGAGAAAGUGAAGGAUUCGCCAACCAAUCGUCAGAAUAUAAAGAAAGGACAUUAUUUGAUGAAUCAGAAUUAUUAACACAUGACGAUAUAGCCAGAGCAAAAAUGGGCCUACCACCUCAACGAUAUGAUGCCUAUUUAUUGUUUGACUCUGAUCAUGAUAUAGAUUUCGCAACCCAAAUAAUAGAUAGAAUGGAAACCGAAUAUAAAUUAAAGCUGUGUUUGAAGGAGCGCGAUUUAAUCGGUGGAACAUUCGAGAAUGACGCCAUAAUGAAGAUGAUAUCAGAGCGUUGUGAUCGGUUGAUUGUCAUUUUUUCAAACGCAUUUUUCCAUAGUUUGGCCAAUACAUUUUUUGUCAAGUUUGCUCAAGCACUUGGCAUUGAGCAACGCAAACGUAAAAUUAUUCCAUGUAUGAACGAAAAGUGUGAUUUGCCAGCGUCACUUGCAAUGUAUUUCACAUUGAGGUAUCGUGAUGAAACGCCAUAUUUCAAUUUUUGGAAUAAGUUGUACGAAUCCAUACAUGUUCCAUUUAAUCGAAUGUCUAGUCCAAUGCCAAGAAUUACCAUUACCGAAAUCGACAGCCCCUCAGUUCCGUCUAUUCAGUCUCAGCCGCAAUCGCAGCAGGCAACAUUUCAAAGCUAUAAUAAUUCCGACACAAAAAAAAUUAAAUCAAAGUCAUCAUCGCCCAAUACACCGACAAGCCUGAAAAAAUUGUGGAAUAAUUUACCGAAAAAAAUUGGUUCACAGUCGUCAAUUUCGUCAUCAAUGUGGACACUGCGUGUUGGAGAUAAUAUAUUUGAUAAGGAAAAUGAACGUUGCCAUAGCUCUCUAUCAUUGAAUAAUUCAAUGUCGUCUCCAACACCAACAAAGCACAAAAAGACAAAAGCAAAAUGGUUUAAAAAACUACUCUCUCCUAGCAGUACAUACAAACUUUCAGCGGCCGAAUCAGAUAGCAGUGCAGGAGUGGAGAAUGCAUCCAAAAAGAAAAAGUGGUAUCGCAAAAGAUUCCGUAGUCGUAGUCGUAGCAAAAAUCGCGAACGUGAACUGGAAGCAGCAGUUAACGAAAUUUGAAAAAAAAUGGAAAUUUGCGUAGGAAACGCUUAUCAAUGUGAAAAGUGUUAAAUUAAAUCUCUCAUCAUUCAAAACUCUCUAUUUUUUUCGUUCUUAUCACUCGCAACACAAAAAUAUAUAUUUUUUAAAUUAGUCAGGCUUGACAUAGUAAAUUUGAAAGCACAACAUUUCCAUAUAAAAUAUGUCCUAUUGAAAAAUGUAUUUAAUUGAGCUAUUUCCGUGUCAAAUUGGACAUAGAUCAUAUGCAUUGUUUCCAAUAAAGAUCCAAUAAUACUUUCGGAA